CCCAGUCAUCACGUGCACUGUCGUCAACAAGGCGGAAGGGAUAUCAAAGCAGUUGUCUCAGUGAGCUAAGCAUAACUGAAAGUGUUUGCUAACUUCAACCUCACAAAAUCAAAUUGUCUGAAUUUCACUGGCCGUCAUGGCAACAGAGAAAUAUCCUCGAUCUUCAAUUGAAGAUGAUUUUAACUAUGGCACAAACGUCGCGACGGCAAGUGUGCAGAUUCGUAUGGAUUUUCUGCGCAAGGUCUACACCAUACUGUCACUGCAGAUUAUCCUGACAACUGCAACGUCUGCCCUGUUCAUGUUCUGCGACACCAUAAAGGACUUCGUGCACGCAAGCCCUGCCCUGGUGUUGGUGUCAGCGAUCGGCUCGCUGGGUCUGAUCUUCGCACUGGCCGUGUAUCGCCAUCAGCAUCCAGUCAACCUGUACCUGCUUCUGGCCUUCACCCUCGUGGAAGCCGUCUCUGUUGCCACAGCAGUGACUUUCUAUGAGUACUCUGUGGUGCUGCAGGCCUUUGGGCUGACGGCUGCUGUGUUCCUGGGACUCACCGCCUACACCUUCCAGUCCAAGAGAGACUUCAGCAAGCUGGGAGCUGGACUCUUUGCCUGCCUGUGGAUUCUCAUCAUUACCAGCUUCAUGAGUCUGUUCUUCCACAACGAGACGGUGGAGCUGGUGUUUGCCGGAGCCGGGGCCCUGCUCUUCUGCGGCUUCAUCAUCUACGACACCCACCUGCUGAUGCACCAGCUGUCCCCCGAGGAGCACAUCCUGGCCUCCAUCAACCUCUACCUGGACAUCGUCAACCUCUUCCUGCACAUCCUGCGCAUCCUGGACGCCAUGAAGAAGAACUGAGUACCUGCACCGCCCUCUGCUGGUCACACGAGGGAGCACGCCUGGGUCAAAUACGUGCCUGAAAUGCUUUUGAAUCCUUCAGGUUAGGGUAAAGUUUGGAACUUGUACGAAAGAAGGGUUCUUUUCUGAGUAUUCGUGAAAAUAGCCGUUUAUUUAAUGAUGUCUGUAUUCUGCAGUGAUUGUACUGCCGUCUAAAGGGUUUUAAAGUAUUUCAAAUUAUUAUUUGACCCAGAUGCGGAUGUGAUGUCAUGAAAUUUUGAUUUGGGGGGGGGGGGUGGGGGUAGUGCUGUCCCUUUAUUUUAUUGUGAAAGUAAUCUUUAUUUCUCCUAAAUCCGCUUGAGUCUGAUCUCCGUAUUACAUCUGUUGUGAUUUCCAGUGUGAAAAAAUAAAUGUUUAAUUGUUGAGGGUGGAGGAGUUUUAAAAAAAAUUAAAAAAAAACUGUAAAUAUAUUUUCUUUUAAAUAUAUUAUCUUUUUCCUGAUGAUUAUAUAACUCCUCAAAAAGUUUUGUUUAUGACUGGCUGAAAUUUCAUGGAUUUUUUAAACUUACAUUUGCUGAGUGUGCAAAUGCGCUUCUUAAGAUGGAUGGACUAGGAGAGGCCUGGUCCUGCUGUGGGUUUAGCUCUUCAGGAGACUGCGCCCACUCUGCUCUUACUGCACCCGCUCUGCUCUUACUGUGCGUUUCCCUUCCGAGGCUGUGCCAGGAGUUUGUCUGAAGAAGCACAGGGGUCCAAAAUGAGUGUGCUGUGGAAUGUAAAAUGUAGAAAUUGCCUUUUUCAUAGUCACUACACAGCAGACUGCAGUAAAGUCAAAAACAUAGCGGAGAGUGAAGACUAGUACUGAGAGAGGAGCUUGGGAUCCUAGCGUAAUGGGGGGGGGGGGGGGGGGGGGCAUGUUCCUUAAAGUGACUGUGUAGCCGAAUAUUGAGAGAUAAAUUGUCAUUAAGGGAUGUUUGCCUGUUUUUUUGUUUUUUUUUGAAUACUUAUUAUCAAGACCGCAAGUGCAAUAUUAAUUAAAAUGUCCAGAAAUAGUGUAGUUGCACGUGUAUGUGGAGAGCACCCAGUCCUGUAUGUGAGCUCAGUGUGUGUGUGUUUGUAAAAUUAAACGUCCUCUCUGCGGUUUAAGGGUCGGAGUAGGGCAGGGAGGGCUGUAUGUGUCUCACUGUGGAAUCUAAAAGAAAAUAAAAUGUAUUAAUUGAAGUGUAGAAAACACAGCUUUGAGUUCAAUUGUUUUUAGUGACAGUGCGUAUUAAAAGUGAUUAAAGAAAAAAAAAACCCUCA